GCAUUUUUCUGCGCUUGUGUAACAUAUCGCGUGACCUGCAGGAUUAGAAACGUGAGGGAACGGAACGCGGAGGAGGCGGAGCCUGAGCCUGAUGGGCGGAGUCCCGGGGGUCUGCUUCCGCGUUCCCCCCUCCGUGCGUCCUGAUUACACACACACUCACACACACACAAACGCAUAGGGUUUGUGCGUUUUCAUGCUCACGGCUGCAGCUUCUCCGACUAAAUUAGGUGACAGAAGGAGAAGCAAAACAGUCAGUUAAACAAAUCUUCGCUGCCUCCCGCCUCCACUCCCCCUUCACCGUCUCCAGCGUUUAUUACCGCCUCCUCCGCCACAUGCAGCCGAGUGCUGGGCCCCGGCGGACCGGCUCCAGUCAUGUCGGGGACCGCUGCCGCCGGUGACAGAGCCUCCGGGGGAGAGACAGUAGGAACGUCUGUACAACUGCAGGUGUAUGCGAUUAUCCAGUCAUCCAAGCAUGUGGCAGCAGUGUAAAGCGUUAUAUCAGAUUCCAGCCAAGAGCUUCAGACAUUCUGCUGGCACAGCAUCCGGCAUGGAGCUGACCAGGAAACGCAAGGGCAGCACCGACAAGGAAACAAAAUCGGUGUCAGUGCUGGAUGAGGACAUGGAGGAUGAUCAGGAAAGGUCAGAAGGUGAUGAUCCACACGUGAAAAUGAAAUGUUUCAGGGAACCUCACAGCCAAAUCGAGAAACGGCGGCGGGACAAGAUGAAUAACCUGAUCGAUGAGCUCUCGGCCAUGAUUCCCACAUGUAACCCAAUGUCCCGCAAGCUCGACAAACUCACUGUGCUGCGUAUGGCUGUGCAACAUCUUAAAUCACUCAAAGGUGCGACCAGCUCCUUUGCCGAAGCCAAAUACAAGCCUUCAUUCCUUCCUGAUGAUGAACUCAAGCACCUUGUUCUCAGGGCUGUGGAUGGAUUCCUGUUUGUGGUUGGAUGCGACAGAGGGAAGAUAGUAUUUGUCUCAGAGUCUGUUUCGAAGAUCCUGCACUAUACUCGGCCAGAGCUGAUAGGCCAAAGCUUGUUUGACUAUGUUCAUCCAAAGGACAUAGGAAAAGUAAAGGAGCAGCUCUCAGCCUCUGAACUGUACCCACGAGAACGCCUUAUAGACGCCAAAACUGGACUCCAGGUGCAAGCUGACCUGCCUGUAGGAGCCUCUCGAAUGUGUUCAGGAGCACGUCGUUCUUUUUUCUGUCGAAUGAAGUGCAACAAAGUUGCCGUUAAAGAAGAAAAGGACUUCCAUGCCAGCUCGUCAAAAAAGAAAGAAUCACAGCGUUAUUGUACCGUGCACUGCACCGGCUAUAUGCGCACUUGGCCCACCAGUCAGCUCGGAGCGGAGGGAGAAGCCGAGGCCGAUAAGGAGAGCUCACACUUCAGCUGCCUUGUAGCUGUGGGCCGCGUGCACCCUCAUACUAUCCCCCAGGCCAACGGAGAGGUGAAGGUCAAGCCCACAGAGUUCAUCACUCGCUGUGCCAUGGACGGCAAAUUCACGUUUGUCGAUCAACGAGCCACCACUAUACUUGGAUAUCUACCACAGGAGCUGUUAGGCACAUCCUGCUAUGAAUACUUUCAUCAAGACGAUUUGCCUCAUUUAGCAGACCGACACCGAAAAGUGUUGAGAAGUAAAGAAAAGAUCGAGACAAACUGCUACAAGUUCAAAACGAAAUAUGGCUCUUUCGUCACCCUGCAAAGUCAGUGGUUUAGUUUUAUAAAUCCCUGGACCAAAGAAGUAGAAUAUAUAGUGUCAACAAACACAGUCAUAUCUGAUACGAGCAAUUCAAGCGGAUCAGUGAACAAGUCAGGGCAGACGACAGAUUCCUCCAAAGCCUCUGAAGAUGAUGCGAAAAAAUCACUCCCCAUCAUCCCAGGUAUCUCGAAUGCUUCAGGCACCAUGAUUUAUGCUGGAAGCAUCGGGACACAAAUAGCUAAUGAGCUACUGGAUUUUAAUAGGAUGAACUCUUCCCCAUCUAGUGGCAAUGCCAGCCCCUUCAAUCUGUUGCAGGACAAAUCUCCACUGGUCCUUACUCAAGACAGUAAUGUGCCAAAUGGGGACGUGACAGAAACUCAUGUGCCCAGCAAGUCCAGUACGGAGGAUGGCUCACGCAGUGGACCCUUUACCGGAAGUGAAAAUGUCAUGGGGGGACCGUCUCAAUUGGAUCUCGAAGGGGUUCCAGGGCUAGGAAGUCUAAGCAGCGACGAAGCCGCCAUGGCAGUCAUAAUGAGUCUGCUGGAAACUGAUGCAAACCUGGGAGAGGGCGUGAACUUCGAUGAGAUGCGCUGGUCUCUUUAACUUCACAGCUCCAGUGUCUUUCCUUGAGUUUUAUUAUGUUUUUUUUUUCUUUUUCUUGUGGUUAAGACCUUUUUAUUACCUGUUUGGUGUUUUUAACCUUCAUGGACCACUCGGGAUGGUUUUGCCCAUAGUUUCCGCAUAAUUUCCCCAACAUUCUCUGUUUCAGCAAAUGGAAUAAUUUUUGGCAACGACCGUUAAUUUGACAUAUAUUUUAGAAAGAUUAUAUAAGAAUUUACAACAGGUCUUUAAGACACUGUAAACAGAUUUAAUAUCCUAAUGUUAUGUUCAGGAUAAAAAUAUCCAUUAAAAUAAACGUUUUAAAAAUAUAUCAGAUCAUACUUUUUUGCAUAAAUCUGUUAAUCAAUCUCAAUUCUGAUCAAAACUACUUAAAUAUUUUUUAAAAAUCUAGGAUUUUAACUUUUUAAUUACCAAUUCUUUAGUGACGUAACUGAUUUGGGGGAAAAACACAAAAGCGACUUAUUUUUUAUUUAAAAAGUGAUUGUGGACUGGAUUUUUAAUUUUUUUUUAAACCUUUUAUCACAGUCUUGGAUAUGCCCCAUUUUGCCCAUUGUCUUUCCCAGGUCAAAGAUCACACCUAUAGGUAAAGGAUGUGGCGAUAUCAGCAGUCACCCAAAUUUAAGUCCAUAUUUGGACAAUUUUUUGGGCAUGUACUCUCAUCUUUUGCAUGGCAGAAGCUGCUCAUCUAUUCUUCAUGGUGCCUGUUGCUCACCAUCAAAUGAUAAAUGAUUAACACGAUAUGCAAGUGCUUAAAUAAACUUACCUUGUUUUUGUUUAGUCUGGACUUCUCAUCAUCAAAAAGCAGCAGGCACAUAAAUACAUGCGCGCGCGCACACACACACACACACACACACACACACACACACACACACACACUAUAAUAUGCUGAUAUACUACAUAGACCUCCGUAUAAAAAGCCUAUGCAAUUUCGUUAUAUUGGCAGUCAAUGGGGCAAAAACAGCCAUGAACAGUAAAUGAGGGGGAAAAAAUUCAAUCUGAUGCUGCACAAAAACUAACACUGCAUCAAAGCCAAUGUUGUUCAUAAUCUUUGACAUCCAAGGAUAAAUAAAUCCAGUCCACAAUCACACUUAAUAUUAAGAAUUGUUAAGAAAUUGUGACACCCCCCCCCCAACAGUGACAUCGCUAAUGAAAUUAACAAUUAAAUAAAUAUAUUUAGUAGUUUUGAUCAGAACUGAGGUUGAUUAACAGAUUAAUGAAAAAAAAAAACAUCUGAUAUACAAUUAUACAAAAUAUUGGAAAAAACAUAUCUGAUAUACAAAAUAUUUCACAAUGAUUGUGAACGAACGAUUCACAACGAUUUUUUCUCAAAAAUAAUAAUGAAAGGGUAGUGUUUUGGAACAAUUCAUGGGUUAAACAAACUUUAUCACUGGGCCUAAGAUCAUCUGGGCCUAAUUAUGUCUUCGAACUAUUUUGAAUCUUGAAUAUUUUUAAUUGCUGUCCUCCAGUGUUCAUCAGUGCAAAAGAAGAGAUAUAUAGAGGGAGCAAGAAAAGACACCACCUUGGGUUUAUACCUUUUAUAUAUUUUGUUCCCAGUGUAUAUCUUCCAGAAGAAUGAAGAGCAGAAGAGUCUGCAUGUAAGGAAAUUGUGUACCUUUAGCAAUGACCCGAUUUUUUUAACGGUCUUCUACCGAGACGACAAAAUUCGGCUGUGUUUUCCUAUACUGGGUGCAGCAUGUCUUUUGUCAAGCCAUAAAACAUUUUCCCAAAUAGAUAAAAACAGUGAAUAUUUUGCAGGAUUCAUCUUUAAAGGACAGAAAGCUGGUUAUUAUUCUCUUUGCCAGAAGUGAGCUUUCAAAGCCAAGCAUCAUGGAGGUGAAGAGGAAUGUUUGUGGUUGAAAUUUGUCGAAAACAUUGUUCUAAGAGAAUCAUACAGAAGCCCUGAGCCCUUAAAGUUGAUUUAAUGCAAGUGCCAUGUCAUUAUUUAGACAUAAUACCUAAUUAUUGUGCUUAUUUUUUAGUGAUUUUAUUCCAAAUUUUCCAAACAUAUUCCUAAUUUUGAUGUUAUGUUUAACACCCAACGGUUUAUCAAUAACAUUAAUUUACAGAUGGUAUAAAGCAGUCAUACUUGAUUCAUUAAUUUGACAAGCGCCAUUCCAAGGUUCUGGUGUUUUGUUUAACACUGGUCUAUUUCACUCUGCUCGUCUAAGUUCACCACCUGAAAUUCCUUAUGGCUGAAUCAAUGCGUCGUCCUGAUAUUCGUAUAGUACUAAUGCUCGAAUGAGCAGAAAAAAGAUCAAUCCUUAUUCAAGAUUUUUAUUUUGACUUGUGUAUAUAUCAAUUCAUUUUAUAUCAAUGUGUGUGUUAGUUUAUUGUUUGUAUUUAUUUUUUAUUUAUGCACUCAUUUUAUAAUUUUAGUUUGCACUUACAAUUUUAUAAUUAUUGUAGUUUGUUCAUUCAUCCAAUCUAUUGACUGGAAAGAAAGAGAUUCAUUAAUUGAAUAUUAAUUAGCAUGUAAUCCCUAUACCUUUUAGUAAUUCUUGCCUGUUAACAUGAACAUCGAUACAAUUAUGUAAGUGUGUUCAGGUAUAGUAAAGCAAACUUAAGUUAUUAUGACCUUGUUUCAAAUUAUCAUCUUAAGUUGAAAUAACUAGGUAUAUGUUUAACAUAAUGGCAUAGCAUGCUAAAAAAGCCCUCCCAACACACACACAGCUUGUAGUUCAGGGCUUCUGAGGAGUUGACAUUUGAUGUUUGAACUCUAAACCAUUUUCAAGUUUUUGGGGUUUUUUUUUUUUUUUUUUUUUUGUCUUAAAGAUGAUGCUUGUUUCAUUUGACCUUGGUUUAACUUUGAUCCACAUCUACAAUUCUUAAUGAUGCUUUCAUGGCAUGAAAGUGGAUCUAAGCAGAGGAGAACAGUGACCGAGCCAUAUUACAAAGUCCCUUUUCAGGAAGUAUUCUCUGGUAAACUGUCACCAUAAAGUAUUUAAAACAUGAAGACAUUAUCCAAAUUAAUCCAGGACACUCAGGAAGCAACUGGCUGGGAAGUCAUUUUCUUUUUCUACUCACCUUGUACAGUAUUAACUGUAGGUUGUUGUUUUUGUUUGUUUGUUUUUAUUUUGGAGAGAAUCACAUAACAGGAAUCUAUUACAGAGAGAGUUUUCUGUACGGUGAAUGAUGCACAUUACAAACCUUAAGAGGCACACUUUAUUCUCCACCUGCUGAGCUUUCCAACAUUGCUCCCUUUUGGACACAAUGAAUUUCUAGACACUUUAAUGUGAAUCUUGUGUACAUGAAGCUGAAUGUGACGAGUUAAUUAUGGGACAAUGAGCCAUAUUGGUUAGCUAUUAAGCCUGUCUAGUUAGGUUUGAUCUAAACAGUUUUAAAAAAUCUUUUUUUCAAGUACUAAAGGUGACAUAUUAAAAAAUAUAUAGCUCUUCAGAUAAGAUAUUAAUCAACAAAAGGGCCUAACACAUGGACGAAUGAAUACCACAGACCACCUUUCCCUGGGAUGUUCAAAGGGUUUGGUUUUGGUCAGUUGGGGCCUUAAGCAUAAAGCAAGCUGUUUACUCGACCCAUACAAACAAGCGGUGAGCUGUGAUACAUGUGCCAUAUGUGAACGGUGAAAAAAUAUUGUUUGAGUUGCUGUUUUUUUUUUUGUUUUUUUUUUAUUAGGAUCUAUGUACUGUAUGCAUUCACCCCCUAGCAUAGGGUCACUGUCUUUCAGUGUGAAUAUGUGCUAUAUGCACUGGCACUAAGCAAAAAAUUAGUACUGUACUUGGAGUAGAACCACAGCCAUUACACCUACUACUAUUUCAGUCCUAGUUUCAGUUAGAUUCAAAUAGCCUGCAUAGAAAUAUGCUAUAUAUAUGUUGUUGAACUUCUAGUGAUAUUCAUGCAUGCUGGCCUUUUGGAGUUCAUUUUUUUUGCUUGUCUUUUUUUUUUUUUUUAGUAUUGGAAAAUGGUUAUAUUUUGCCUUAUGUCAUUGUCUCGAACGUUUUGUCAUUUUGAUGUAUUUUUUCCUUGAUUAUGUUUUGGAGAACGGUGAUUAGUUCACUGAAGACUGUUCCAUUGGGGACCCUUGUAGUUCCUCCUUCCAUGAACUGCUUGUGAGGGGAAUGUGGUUGGACAUGGGACAUGAAUCACUCUGUACAUGUCUCCGGGAAAAAAUAAUAAUAAUAAAGAAGAGGCUCUCGGAAAAGAAGAGGAUUUCAUUAAGGCCACAUUUGAAAUAUUAUCAUCUUCCUGGGUUUUAUACUUAUGAUGCCAUGGCUGCUGCUGUGAACAGGCCAGGUUCAUGACAGAGAAGCUGUCUAUAUCUAGGCUAUCAUGUACAAAAUAACUUCAAUAAAUAUUAGUUUAAUUUA